GUCGAGGUAGCAAAUGUCAAAGCUACGUUGGAUGAAUCAAAGAUUGAUAAUUUAGGAUUUGCUGGCGGAAUAGUUUCUGUAGACUGUCUGAGGUGUCUUUGCUUGAAGUUGUCAGACUGUAAAGCAGUCGGAUGUGAAAUGAGAUUCAGUGUAAUGAACUGUGGAUACUUCCAAAUUACACGUGCGAUAUGGACGGAUUGCGGAAAGAUUGGUCCAGGCUGGAAGAAGUGUGCUGAUGACGUCAUGUGCUCUUCACAGUGUAUACAGAAUUACAUGAAAAGAUAUGCUCAGCGUAAUAACUGUAUGUUGAAUUGUGAGGGAUACACUCGAGAGAUAUACGGGGGUCCGAACGGGUGCAAUAAUCCUACGACAAUACCCUACUGGAACGCUGUGCAGAAAGUCCCCGGAUGCAAAGGAGUUGAAUAGAGUAUACAAUUGUACAAACGUUGUAAAAUGGCACGUUCAUUCAAACUUUUUUCCAAAUCUCAAGCUAUACAAAUUUAGUAUUUGUAUCAUAGUCUUAAUGUAAUAUGUUAAAGGAAUAUAAAGGUGGAAUAGUGCACGUAUGAUUUAUCCAUUCUAGCUAUUAUCUCUCAUUUAAUUUACAAACGUAUAAAACACCGUAAUACAUUAUUUCUUACUAUGACAUCAUGUGAGCACAAUUGUCACCGUUCUGCUAUCCUGACCUAGGUAUUCCAUGUUGAAGAUUGCUAUAGAAUAUUACGUAUCAUUUUAGCUUUUCGACGUAUACUGCCUAUUUCUGUUUCCUUUCAUUGAAUGAA